ACUCCUCGCAUCGCUUGCCAAAUUUCUUUUCACCAACAGGGCCCUGGAGAACUAAACGUCUUUAAGAAAGGAGAAUCUAAUCGGUUCAACUUUAACUCUUAAGCGAUAAUAAAUGGAAAAUGAGUGACGGCGAACUACCAUGCGCCAGCCCACCUUGCCGAAGAUGCAAGUCCUAUCCCGCCACGCUCAAAGUGAGACUUGAGCCGGUCUGCGAAUCAUGCUAUGGCCAAUACAUUACCCAAAAAGUUGUUAAGCGCAUGGUCACGGCGCUUAAGGAGGUUCGCGCUGCCGCAGGCAUCGACAGGCCUCAGGCCCCUCCACCCCCGCGCUACCUCGUCGCCCUCUCGUUCGGCGCUUCGUCCACGGGUCUCCUCCACAUCUUGCAUGAGAACCUGCGGAGUCUCAGAGAGCGCAAUCCGCGAGUCGCGUAUGAUUUGACGGCCAUUCACAUCGAUACCGACCUCUCAGACCAUGGCGACGCGGCCGAGCCGCCAGACACCCCCGCUUCCCGCCUUCUGCGUACCUACCAGUCCCGCUUCCCCCUCGCUUCCCUCGAGAUCGUGCCCCUUACCGCCAUAUUGGACGCGCCGACUAUGGACUGGUCCGCUAUGCCCCCGCGGGAUUCGAGUUUGCCCCCCGCCGCCCAGGUGCGGAAGCUCCUACAAGCCCUUCCGUCCGUGACGUCCCGCGUCGACGUGCUGCGCAUCUUCGUGCGGCAUCUCCUCCUCGCAACGGCCGUGGAGAAAAACUGCGACGCCUUGAUGUUGGGGUCUACGACCACGGCGCUGGCGGAACUCACCCUCGGUGCGGCGGCCAAGGGGAGAGGCCUGGCCGUCCCAUGGCUGGUCGCGGACGGACCUUUCCCUUUCCCCGUUCCUGUUGCCGCUGCCGCUGCCCCUCUGCCAUCAGACGCCGCCCCUGGAGGGGUAGUGGAAGAAAUUGCAGCAGCAGGCGUGGCGAACCUGAACACGGGAAAUACCCGCAGCACCAACAACGAGGGGCGGACUGUUCCCGUAUACUACCCCCUUCGAGACGUAUUCCGACGCGAGCUACUCGCGUAUAACGGCAUGAAAGAGGUGGCGCUGACGGACCUUGUCGUGGAAGGGGAGAGCUCCGCCACCGCCACCGUCGUCUCGCACAAGGAACUUAGCAUCGAGGCUGUCAUGGCGCGGUAUUUCGCCGAGGUGGAGGAGAACCAAUCCAACGUCAUUGCCAACGUGGUCCGCACGACCGAGAAGCUCAUGAAGGUGAGAGGCGACCAGUCGUGUAGUGUCUGCGGCAUGACACUGGACGAGCAAGGCGAUGCGAGGUGGAAAGGGGAAAUCGGAGAGAUUGGUGAGAAUGGCGAGUCGCAUGAAAGAAUAUCACAAGAGACUUCGACCUCGGCUCGGAAGCUAUGUUAUGGAUGUGAAAGAUCCAUCCGGGGAUAGCUAGUCGAACAUAUUUGACUUCUUUGAAGGCUUCACACCCCGCUGACAUUCCCCGGCCACCUCGUGUAGCGCACUUCCGGGUCCCCUUUUCGACUUGACUUCGGCCGUACCAUGCCAUGCCAUGCUCUGCUAUAUAAUAUUGUAUCCACGCGAACUCCGCCCAUAUAUGCAAGGUAGUAUCAUUUACAAAACUGGGGAUC